AGUACUUCUAUAAUAAUGUUAAUUGUUAAUAGUCGAUAGUUUAUAUCAUAUUAUCAUCUACGAGUGUCGUUUUUUAUACAAAAUACGUAUACAAUAAAUAAUUUAUAUUUAAAUGCAUAUUCAUAUGCAAUACAUGUUUUUCUCUUAUACCGUAGAAAUACCACCAGUAGACCCCUUCGACGCGACCAAAUCGAAUUAAAUUUUCCUCGACGUCCUCACUUCUCGAAGACUGUUCUUGCGUUAUCAUGUAUUUUUCGUCCGUAUAAUAACACAAUUUUAUUAUUUUAAUCUAUUUUUACUUGUUCUACUUUUGAUUUGCAAACCGGUGCAUUCGUUCCAAACACCAGCACUUCACACGACUUUCGCUAGUCGUGAUUUUCCGAAUUGUUUUUAUCGACUGUUCAUUUUCUCCGAUUGUGGCACACCCGCAAUCCAACCUUACCACAAGAGAUGUCAGAUUGCCGUGCACAGCAGCUCGCAGACUUUGAAUCGCCACCGCACUUUUGGGUGGAAAGAUGUGGCGCGAUGGUUGUAUAUACACCAGACGACCAAUAAGUGUCCGUUUCCGGAUUACUGUUUUCGGUCUGUCACAUUACCGCCGCUGUUGGUGACUGUAACUAUUAUAUUAAACACCAAUUAUGGACAAUGAUAUAUUGGAUGAGAGAUCAAGAGAAUUUUUAGAAACUGCAGAUCAAUAUAUUACUGAACAUGGUCAUCAACAUGUAUCUGAAGAAAAUAGUAAACAACUUGUUAGUGACCAACAUAAUUUGCCCGAUGAAUUCCGUAUCGAUGAGAAUGGAGAAUUGUCCCAUCAUACAGCUGGAUAUUAUGAUACAAAUGAUAUAUUAUCUGGUGAUGGAUCUACAACUCUCACUGAAGAUGACCACCGAUUAGCUAAUGAACUAGCUGCUGAGCUUGCUCAGCAGAACAAAUCUCUUGUUGAUGGUAGCCAUCAUGACACUCAUCUUAUGACCAGCUAUCUGUAUAGCACUGACUUUGACUUAAACACGAAUAGUAAACAUUCAUCACAAACUUCAAGUCAUAUAAAUAAUCAACAAAUUAUUAGUACAGAAAAUUUAAUAGAAGUUGAAACUUCAGAGUCUGAUUACCAUGCAGAAAUACAAAAUAAUUUACCACAUAAAAAACGUUUUCGUAAAAGAGAAUCUGCUCCUGCUCCAUUGAGAAGUAUUCAUCCAAAAUGUUACAAAUGUAAACAAUGUGGUGAACAGUUUAAUUCACAAUCUGCAGUUACUGCACAUAAACCAGUACAUGCUCCUAAAAAAGUUCCUGGUCGAAUGCCAUUCUUAUGUGAGAUCUGUGAUAAACAUUUUACACAUCAAAUAAAAUUUUUUGAACACCUAAAAUGUCAUUAUGAGCCACAACAAAGUAAAGUAAUUGUAGUUACUACAGACUCUGGUACUUCACCACAUCAUGUAAAUUAUCAAAAUCAUAAUGUUCAAGAAUCAACAGAUAAUAAUGAAAAUCAAUAUAUCGAAGAAACCAUUGAAAACCAACCAGAACUACAUGAUCUUCCUCCACUUCAGAAUUAUAGAUUAACAGAAGAAGAGAGCAUGGAAGAUGAUAAACAUUGCAUAUUUUCAUCUGAUGGGUCUAUAUUAGCUGCACAACUCCAGCAACCAUUUCCUUCAUGUCAUCUAUGUGGUAGAAAUUUUCGACGUUUAAAAGCAUUAGAAAUUCAUAUGGCUUCUGUGCAUCCACAGCCAGCUACUGUUGUAACUGUUAAACAGGACUGUUUGGAAGAAUUUUCUGAUCCAGAAGAUUUAAUGGAAGGUAUUCGUCAUAUGGUACCUGGUGUAGCUGAUACUGAAUCAGAAACUGAUGAAAAACAACCAAUACAAGAUCAAAUUUGGGAAUACAAUGGUGAAAGUAUUACAAAUCAUGAAGAUACUAUGAUUAAACCAAAAGAAGAAAAUAAUUGUUUGAUGAAUGGAAAUGGUGAUAAUGGUGAAAACAGUCGAGCAGAACAUACUUGGGAAGAUGAUACCGAUGAACUGGAACAAAUAAUGAAAAAAAAUAUUUCAAAAAAUCUUGUAUGCACUCAAUGUAAAAGAAAGUUCAAUCAUCGUAAUUCUCUACUAUAUCAUUUAAGAUCACAUUCUGGUAAACGACCACAUAGCUGUAAACUAUGCCCUAAGAGUUUCUUCUCCAGCAGUGCUCUUAAGGUACAUAAUCGGCUGCACACCGGAGAUAAGCCAUUUGAAUGUGAAUGGUGUGGACGAAAUUUUCGACAGUGGGGUGACCUUAAGUAUCAUAUUGCUUCAUUGCACUCUGAAUCUAAACAAUUUCAAUGUGAAUUUUGUGGUAAAGACUUUGCUCGUAAAUACUCAUUAAUUGUCCAUCGUCGAAUACAUACUGGGGAAAAGAAUUAUGUUUGUGAAUUUUGUAAAAAAACUUUUCGAGCAUCAUCAUAUUUACAAAAUCAUCGUCGUAUUCACACAGGUGAAAAACCAUAUAAAUGUGAUACUUGUGGUAAAGCAUUCAGAGUACGUUCAGAUAUGCGUCGACAUACUGUUGUACAUAGAAAAGAUGUUGUAAACUCUGUUCAAAUUAAUAGUUAUGCAGGUCAAGUGAGUGGGAUUGUUACAUCUUCAGACAUGAGUAUUCAUCUAACUAAAUUGGAAGUGAAUAAAGAUAAAAUUACAACAGAAUCUGAUGGAGAUAUUAAAUUCCAUGAAAAUUUCCCUCAUGAUUCAAAUCAAAUAUUAACCGCAGAUGAAGUUAGUACACCUCUUAAUCUCAAUUUACGAGCUCAAGAUAAUGGUGACAAUGAUGAAUCUACUAAUUUUGAACAGUUUAAUGGGCGUCAAGAAAUAAUUGAUCGAGAAACAAAUACUUUAUAUGUUUGGAUUCCAUCUAAUACUGAGCAAUUAUUACAAAGUGAAUGAUUUUUAUGAACUUUGACUGUGCAUAACUUGGUCAACUUCUUGAAUCCAAAAAUGUGUAACUUGUAAUAUUUCUCUGAAUUUUCGUAUAAAUGACUUCUGGAUGAAGUUAUCAAAAAUUCAAAAAAAAACAUACUCUGCAAUAAAAAACUGAGAUGUUUUUGGCUGUUACUAAGUGUGAUAUUAUAAAAUUAUUUUGAUACUUCAUUUGAAUUACAAAAUUGCGUUUUGUUAUUUUCUAUUCGAACAUUAAUAUCAAUUAAGAAAACGUUAACAAGGUAAAUUAUUCAAACUGAUUGAACUAUCUGACCCGUACACCAUUAUAGAAGAAUAAACAUUUGGGUCAAAAAAAUGUUAAAAAUGUAUUAUGUGUAAUAUAAUUAACACAAUUUGUUGAAUA